CGGUGGCUUCCUGUCCGACGUCGUUCUGAUGGAAGUUCUUCUUCUCUGUCUCAGAUUUACUACCACGGCGAGCCCAUCAGCGUCAACGUUCACGUCACCAACAACACCAACAAGACGGUGAAGAAGAUGAAGAUCUCAGUGCGGCAGUACGCGGACAUCUGCCUGUUCAACACGGCGCAGUACAAAUGUCCCGUCGCCGUGGAAGAGUCGGAUGACGUUGUGGCUCCCAGCUCAACGUUCUGCAAAGUUUUCACCCUCACUCCAUUCCUGGCCAACAACCGGGAGAAGCGCGGCCUCGCCCUGGACGGAAAACUGAAGCACGAAGACACCAACCUGGCCUCCAGCACUCUCCUGAGAGAAGGAGCCAACAGGGAGAUCCUCGGCAUCAUCGUGUCCUACAAAGUCAAAGUGAAGCUGGUGGUGUCCCGAGGCGGGCUUCUCGGAGAUCUGGCUUCCAGUGACGUCUCUGUUGAGCUGCCCUUCACAUUAAUGCACCCGAAGCCGCUGGAGGAGUCCAUCUACAGAGACGCUCCAGAUGAAGCUCCGAUCGACACUAACCUGAUUGAGUUUGACACAAAUGAUGAUGACAUCAUAUUCGAGGACUUCGCCCGCCAGCGGCUCAUUGGCGCUAAAGACGAGAAGGAGGAAGACGAGGAACCGCUGGACUCACCCAAACCCGACGACAGAUAGAGGCGACGGGCGCCACGGCCGUCACUGUUGUUGUUUUGCUGCUGUUUGUAGUGUGGAGCCGGCAGAGGUCACCUGUAGGCCGAGCCACAGUCUGGACACCCUCCAAACACUCGGUGGUGGCGUGUUUGUGUGUUUGUUCAUGUCUGUCCUCUCUCUGCGUCCCGCAGGGUGUAGAAUACCGCAGCCUUCUGUCGUCAGGCUGAGCCUCGGCAGGAACUCGGAGCCGGCGGUCGCUGGAAGCAUGCCUCUCUUUGUUCUUCGUAUUUCCAUUAGAGAACGAUCAGGAGUUCAGUUGUGUUGAGGUUAGCUUCAGUGUUUUAUGUUGAAGGGUCUUUAAAAACAAAAACACUGCCAAAUUCGGAUGGCUUGCAGUGGUUCCCCACCAGAUCAACAUCAGGGACUUCAGCUUACAUCUGCAGGUGGUGAAGAGGCACCGACCCAACGAGACAACAAGGGACCAGUGCAUGAAAUAUAUCAGUAUGUUAUUGUUUGUUGGGGUCAUGAAUAAUGAAGUUUUCCUUGGUUUGUUCCGACACGUUGAUCAUUUCCCAAAUCAUCAUCAUUGGGUUAAAAAUAAUCUUCCAGCUCUGAAAGCAUCACCAGUCGUAGAAAAACCAAAGCAGUGGUAUAGUUAAAGAAAUGCUGUGGGACCCACUGGAACAUGCAUGUAGCUCCUAAAUGACACCAGAGAUCGUUAUGAGUCCAACUCCACAGAGUUCUGCUGUACUUCAUGGUUCUUCUUAAAACCCAGCCGCGGUUCUGACAUCCAGGUGAACACAGUCCCCACAGUGGCCUUAACUAAUGACGUUUCUUAUGUAUGGUCCCAACAGCUGGUAUGCAGACCAACCAGCCAUAAGAUUAUGACCACCCUAACUUUAAUAGGUUGUCCACAGAUUCUAGACUGGAUUGUGAUUGGGCGAAUCGGAGGCCAGCGCCGCCUCUGGCUGGUUGUUGUGUUGCUCAGACGUCCUGCUGGUGUUUUCAGGCUUGUGUGACAGGGAGCCUCAUCCUGCAGACCAGCUGGAACAGCGUUUCAUCGGACGUCUUUCCUAAAUGCGCCUUGAAACCACGGCUUAUAGAGAGUUACAUGAAGCUGAGUGUCCAUGCGGUGGAAAAGACCAUCAGACCAGUUUUUGUUCUGAUGCUCGUGCGUUCACUGCAGGAGCUUCAGGAGGUGGAUCUCAGUGAUCUGCUGCUACACAACCACAAACACCUGACAGCUCAGGAGGAGGCGAACUGCACCAGCUGAAAUGUAGCCAAUGUUGCACCGAGUUUACCAGACUGGCUGGAGGCUCUGCAGACCUCACUGCCCCAGUUAAGGUUAGAGGUCAUGCUUGAUGACGAAAAGAGAAAAAGGGGGAGUUCCAACUCCAGAACCAGAGCUGAUCCAGAAGAACACGAAGGUCUUCCUCACAUUUACCGCUGACACCCUGAUGAGUCAACAGUGGAAGGAGAUGAUCCCGUUUCAUCUGGAGUAAAACCAACGCAGCCUUUCAGAGACGGAUGGAUUUGGUGCGUCAGGCUGUUGGUCUCCUUCGUUCCUCUGGUGAUUUACUGUAAUUGAUGGAACCAUAAUUUCUGCUUUCUGAAAGGAAACCCUGAAGGAAACUCAAAACCCAAACUCCCUUUUGGGUUUUGCAGCAGGAUAUUAAUCAACAGGUCAACAUGUAAAACAGAAACCAAAGCUCUGGAGUGGCCAAGUCAAAGUUCAAGCUAAAAUCUGGUUCUAAAACAACCUCCAUACUUCCUCAGUGAUUUAGAAGAUUUCUGAUGAACAGAAACUUAGUGUUUGAUCUGGUUCAGGUGGUUUUCAGUCACUUAUUUCCCCUCAGUAAAAUGAAAUCAUCUUUGUCUGAUAGUAAAUGAGUUUAAUUUCAAUUAAAUGUGAUAAAACACUUAUUAAAAAUGUGUAGGGUGAAUACUUUGUCACAACAUUGCACGUUUAAAUUCUGUCGCUCCAACCUGCUGUGUUACCGCCACCUGCUGGUGGUAGCCUAAACAGCAGAUAAAGUAAAAGAUGAAACCCCUUAAAUUGCUUACGUUUUGACAAUAUUUUCCACAUAUUAAUAUAUACUAAAAUAAUUAAUUUAAUCUAUAAUUAACUGCAGAUUUCUGUCUGAGUUUUAUUUUUUAAAAGCAGAAUUUGUUCCUCUAAACUCCUGAUGAUGAUCUGUGAACUGCUCAGCUGUGUUAAAUGUUAGUUUUCCGUUAAUGACGGUUUCUGUUUAUUAUCUGCUGAUUUUAAUAUGAAGUGAGAUUCCUGAACUUGUAUUUUCCUGAAGUCUGGCAGGUGUUUGGGUCUGAAACACGGACAGACAGCAGUUUGUCUUGGAGACUGGAAGUCGGAGGAUGAGGAAGAAACGCAUCAUAUCUGUUUAUACUUUAUUUCCAGUUGUCUUUUAUUUUGAUAUUGUCAGAGAAAACUUGUAUAUUCCCCUCAGUCUUUAAUAAAAACACUAUUAGAA